AUUUAUUAUUUCAAUUAGAAAUGUGUUAAACGAAAUACAGAAAUAUAGUUGAAAUGAGUGUAAAGCAGAGGACAUCCCAAAGCACGACAUUUGUGCCGCGGAUGUCAACAAAUACGGUUGAAAUACUGGCCAAACAAACAACUCUUAUAAACCUGUCGUCGGCGACAAUCAAUCGCAACAACAGUGUCUUCAGUACAUACUCUGCUUAUUCAGAAGAGUCUUCUCACUGGUCGUGGAAAUCACUGAAAAAAGAGUUCAAAGCCAAAGAUGUCGGCAAAAUGUUUCUUAAAUAUCAGUCACGACUUCAACACACCUUCUUUAUGGUCUUACUUACACUUAAUAUACUGUUUGACAUAAUAGCUAUAAUUGUAUACUUUUUUGAUAAGAAAAAUCGGGAAUCAUUUCCGGGAAUUUUUUUAAUAAGAAACUUUUAUUACGACCGAAAAUAUCGCGAACAGUGGCCGGCAUUACAAUAUUGA